AUGACGAGCCUUGCUCCAGGGUGGGAGGCCGACUACGAUGGGUCACGUUGGUUCUACCGGUACAAGUCGACCGGUUUGACACAGUACACCUUUCCAAAAGCCGGCGAUGAAUUUCCAGAGCAUAUCGGAGCAGGUUCCGAGUCCUUUGGCCUUGCGCCCGAGGAGCGCUUAGCAAGCGAUCGACAGGUCAAGAAGCGCGGCUCCUCAGACAGUCCCCAGACUCAGGGUCCAACAGAAGUCGUAGGUGGCAUGAGUGCGACUGGCUAUUUUGAUCCCUUGGCCUGGCAUGACGAUUUCAGUACCUCUCCGGAGUUGGAAGCACCAGCCACAAGCGAGUCAAAGGAUACGGGGCCAACAAGCCGAACAUCUUCGACAGUACCAUCACUGACGGCAACGCCGACGGCAGCAGCUCCUGCGGUGCUUGCUGACGGCUCUUCGCCCAAGGCAGGUGAACUUAGAACGGAUGACGAAAGUGGUUCCGUCAGUGCUGUUGUUGAAGAAGAAAAUGAUGUCCACAUGCUGGAUGGGCAGCCCAUAUACCAGGAGCUACCUGCUACUACUCCAGCUCAUAUGAUAAAUCCAACACCAUCCUCGCCCGUCGGAAAAGUGGCAGAGCUCGCCAGUAGUGAUACCGUCAAAUGCGCUGAUGAGCUGGCUCCCAUAGAGAUGGAUGGAGCUUCAAGCAUACCAGGCUUUUUCGGAACGCACGUCAACCCUUAUACGCCAGCAGAGCUUCCAAACGAAGAGAUGCCCAUGAAAGCACAGCAAGCUAAUACAGGAAAAACGUCCCCUGGAGCGUUGCAGGCUAAUCCAUCGGAUCCCCCAGGUUCACAACAAAGAUCUCAAUUAUAUGAUUCUGGUGCUCCAGCAGGUCUGACAAACGAUAUCAAAGCAUGGAAACCCGCGGCUCGGAUGGAUGUGGAUGCUGACUACCCCAGACCAUUAUCCUUGAAGUCAUCUGCAGCCAACAUACCUGGGACAAAUAUCUCUCAAUCACGAAAUAGUGAACUCACAAAUACGGGCCCAAAACGACAUUCUGUUCCCGCGACAGUGCCUUCUUCUUCUACCAGCGUCCAAAGACAUCCUACUGUCUUGACACCGGCCGCGGUACCGAAAACCUCAACAACACUAAAGAGUGAUACAGUGGCCAAAGGUCCUCUUCGUUCCCCGAUUCCUUCAAUUCUGAGGCCGGCUCGGGGGAUCGCUUCGAAAUAUCAUGUCCCAAUCCCGGGCACAAAUGCCCGGCACGGCAGUAUACAAGCCGAAGCACAGCCUCACACAGCAAACCCGCCCAACCCAGCAAUGACACAUGUGCCAUCCGUUUUAAAACCAGCCGGUCGUAAAAUGGUGAAUGGUCACCAUUCGCAUCCUCUCCAUCCAGCACGGCCGGAAAAUCGCCCUCGCGCAGAAUCACUCGAAGCGCAGCCACACAGAGCGAGCUUUAGUACUGAGAAGAUCUAUCAGCGUCGUCCCGUGUCCAUGCUUAUAGACCAAAAGUCUGCAUCGUUUGGAUUCGAAAGGCUGUCCGUCGGGCAAACUACUGCGCCUGGACCGAGCACUUUACAAUACGUCUCUGAGCUUCAUGGUGAUAUGAUGCCACCGAGGCCAUCUACGACUACCCCUGAUCAAUCCAGGCGAGAUCCAAAUUAUUCUACGACCGUGCCUGAGCCAAAUAGCUGGAGCAAAAGCCAAACUCAUUCAGGACAACUAGCAGAGCUACCAGCCACUGUUGGUGUCAACUAUCCGAUUCAAGGGCUUGCACAUUCCGAUUCAUCAGCUCAAGAAGUAUUCGACAUAUCUCGUCCUACCUCUACGCUUCCCAGCGAGGUAUCGUCACCCACUGUCUCGAUGCUUUCAGUUCAUCACACGCCAAAAUUGGCACAUUCUCAAGUCGUCAAUGGGACUCAAGCGAACAGCAGCUCCCACAGUGUCGCAGUAGAAGAAAAUCAGACACAUGAGGACAAAGAUCAUGGACUAGUCAGUUAUGUGACAGAUGGUCACUCCGAAAAGGUGCCAUGUUCACAGCAGGCGACUGCCAAGAAAGUCGAUACUAACGUGGAAGUGGCUCCCAUCUACACGGUUGCCGACUCAAAGCAUGACACGGAUGCGGUCUCGAUGCUGAGCGACAGGGAAUGGCCCAGAGCGGUUAUUGACUACUCGGGUGACUCCUGGGGCGACGAGUGGUGA